AUGGCGGACGAAAGCUCAGCACGGAGUUAUCGGGGUGGCAGAAGAGUGAGCCGAGAUUUUCUUCGCACAGUUCAACAGACAAAACUGCAAGGCAACCCUCCUACGGUAUCCUGUGAGGUCAAUCCACGAAUCCCUUCGACCCACUUUCUCAGCGAAAUGAAAGGUAUCAAUUUACCUUUCAUUCCGUUUAAAGAGGCUAGUGAAAGGGAUUCGUCCUCGGCGCAUCGCUAUGAGACCCCGAUGAAUCCUUGA